GGAGAGAGUGGGUUUGGUUUCCGGGUCGGGGCUCUGCAGCAGGGAUGGCGGCGCCGCUGGAGGACGGGGAGGUGCUGGACUCUGAGUCUGACUCGGAGAUGACCACGGGCGGAGAGCCGCAGAACCAGCAAGCUGCUAUACCCAACUUCCCAACUACACCCUUUAAUGCACAAAAUGAUGUGCCAGCUCAUCCAUCUUCAUUUGAUUUGAGCAGCCGCUACCGAACCGCAACAUCUGACAAUUCGAGUGAAGAGAGUGAUCUUGAUUCUGAUGAUGAGGAAAGACUCUUGUGGCGAAGGAAGCGUCAAAAGUGUUCAAACAGUGCAAACAAUCUACCUUUAAAACCUCCAGGCAUGCCUUUUGGUCCAGUUGGUGAUGGUUUUAUGGGGACUGGAAAUCCUGCAAAAGUACAAGGUCGCAAAGUUAACAAUAUUUGGGGCUCAGUGUUACAGGAGCAGAAUCAAGAUGCUGUGGCAACAGAGCUGGGAAUUUUGGGAAUGGAGGGCUGCAUUGACAUGAACUCUCGACAGUCAGAGACUUACAAUUAUGCAAUGGCAAAGAAGAUGAUGGCAAAACAGCGUCGGGAAGAGGACGAGGAAAUGAAUAAGUUAGAAGCAGAAUUAGAUGAGUAUAUACAGGAUGGAAGGAAAAUCAAAAACCAGGAAGAGUGUAAUCAAAGCAAUCUCAAGCGAAAAAGGCCAGUUAAGGAGAGGCUAGGGGAAAGGCUUGAAAUGAACUACAAGGGAAAAUGUGAUAUUAAAGAAGAUGAUAGUCCAAAUAAGAUUUCGGAUGAAAUAGCUUACAGGCUCCGGGAACCAAAAACUGAUCUGAUUCACAGGGUUGUUAAAACUAUUGGAAGGAAGAAAGCAAUAGAACUUCUGAUUCAAACAGCGGAAGUGGAACAGAAUGGUGGACUCAUGAUUGUUGAUGGCAGUCGCAGAAGAACACCUGGUGGAGUUUACUUGCAAUUGUUGAAAAAUACACCAAGCAUCACUCAAGACCAAAUCAAGGAAAUUUUUUAUGAUGAAAAUCAGAGAGAAUAUAAUUGCAAAAAAGCAGCCAAAAAAAGGAGACGGCACAUCAUUGGGAAAAAGAUGAAGCAAGCUAUUAAGGAACUGAACCUGCAAGUGGAUGAUGAUGCUUCACGAGAGACUUUUGCUAGUGAUACAAAUGAUGCCUUAGCUUCUGUGGAGGAUACAGAAGAGGUUCACAUGGAAAAGCCACCAUUAGAUCCUGAAGAUGCAAUUGAACUGGAUAACAGUAAUGACCUAGAAAUCUUUUGAAAAGGUUGCUUAGUUACAGCACUGAAAAACUAUGAGACAAAUAUAAUAAAUACCCCAUAUCGAUGAUCUCAUUAAAAUUUCUAGUUGACAUAUUUGUGCUACAUUUAUAACGCCCUCCUUACUUGAAACAAUUUUUUGACUUGUAUUGUGUGUUUAACUUGCGAAUUCAUGCUUACCUUUCAAAUGACAUAGUGUCAAUUAACUUUGUUGUGCUCAUAUAACAGCAUUUUUGAGAAUAUAGGGUAAAGUAAUGCAUUCCUAUCAGCAAAGGAAUCUUAAAUCAUUCUUCCAUGUAAAUUUUAUGUUUGCGUAUCAUAACUUUUUGCAAAUUCAGUAAAUUUUUACUUAAAUGCAAAUUUUUUUGCAGCUCCUUUGAUUCAAUUCAGCUUAUGAUGGUGAUUUUAUUGGAAAUUGCUGGAUGGUAUCGGACGAACAGAUAUUAUGGAGUUCAGUAUUUGGCAUGUGCAUAUGCAGGUCUGUAAAGGCGUUAAAAUGACCUAUGGAAAACUGGAUUAUGUAAAUAGCAGUACAGUGCAAAAACAGUGAGGAAAUAAAGUAAAUACAUCAAUAGUUUGACUGCAGCAUGACUAUGGUGCACAGCUUUGGAUAUCCCAAUACAAAAUUAAAGUUAAACCAUAACAUACACUGUUGUUUCACCAAAAUUAUAGCCAGAAGUUCAGUGGAGGGAAUGUGGGUACUGAAACUAUACCAGAUUAGAUGAGUCAUUUGAGCUUUUGGGCAAACGUGUAAAAUACCAUUUUCUCGGUUUGCAACUCAGUAUUGAACAAUUUUGAAAAAUUCUGUUGUGACGUCCCUGACAAGGCCAUAAUUUAUUGUCUGUUCUCAAUUGGACUGACUGGUUAAUUUGCUUUGGAAAAUCAGGUUUCCACCUUAUUGUGUAUGUAUGCCAGACAGAUUAGAGAAGGAAAUACAAUAUUCUUAAGGACAUUGUGAAUGUUCAGAUUAAAAAGGGGCCCUUUGAGAGAAAAGAAAGGUUCCAGUUGGCUUUUGAUGUAUUGUUUCAACAAGUUUCUCCAAAAGCGCAGAAAGCGGAACACCGUUCAUAGUCCUGCAUGGGGUUGAGUUGAGUUAACCAGAGCCUCCUUCCAUAUAGAAAAGUGAGGGAGAUGUGUCUCAAUCAUUGGAAAAGUCACAAUGCACUGCAGCAGAGCAGGAGCAUGAAUAGACAAUGGAAAAAUGAAUGACAAUUGCUUUCCUUUUAUUGAAAUACAUGGUUAAAAUAAAAGUAAAAUUUAAUUUUUGACGGUAAAACUUAUAAUUAGAAUAAAAAUGAGCUUUAAUACUUAGUGGCUCUUUUUCAAAGGUAUGCUAAACAGCUCAAGAGAACUGGCUACCCUGAAGUAUAGGAUAGAUAAAUUGGCUGCUUCCAGAAAUUUUCAAGUGCCAACACAAAGCUUUUUCCUCAUUUCUUUGAAGUGGAGCACUUAUUUGCAUGAACAUUCCAAAUCAGCCAAGAUGCAACAAUCAUAUAUGACAGGUCUAUCCCAACUAGUUCUGAAAAAAACAUGUUAUGCAGAAGAUGGUGCUAAUGACUCCACAGUUAUCUGCUACAAAGUACAAUUGUUUAGUGAACAGAACAUCAAAACUAACCUCAGCUGAGUGCUGAAGCCACACAUCCCUGGUUAUAUGAUUGUAUCUGGUGGUUUGUUUAAAUGAUCUUUGAUUAUACGGUUUUUGACUUCUAUCAUUUGUCUGCUAUUAACACCAAAAGAGUCAAUAAUAAAA